AUGUCUAAAAAGUCUGCCUCAGCGCUUCGGCGCCUUGAAGCUCAUAAUGAAAGCCCUAAAAAUCCAGAAUCGAGUAGUCGACAUCGACAAUCUCGCCGUGAAUCACGCUCACGCGAUCGUUCUUCGAGAGGCUCCAGCCGCCAUUCUAACGAAAACGAGGAAGAAAGGAUGCCGAAUUGGGCAAAACAACUAUUGGAUGCACAUAAAGAAUCAGAUCAGCGCCUGCAAACACUGGAGACCGAGAUCAAAGCGAAGGGUAAACAAACAAGCAAGAAACGAGAACGCUCACCAUUGCCAGAAUUCAAGUUCAAAAGGAACAAAAUACAAUACGACCUGAACAAAAGCGUCCUCGAAAAGAUUGAAACCGCAUUGGACGUUUCUGAUGACGAGGAACGCGGUGCAGCUUUGAACGAAGGUAAGGAACUUUUAAUUCAGCGUAACAAACACAUUAAACUUGCAGAGAAAUAUGGGUGGGAAACAGUUGACUGUUAUAUUGAAGAACCCCUCGCAAGCGACUCGGACGACGACAAGAAAAUACGUCGCGCCAUUAAAGAAAGUAAAGCUUUGAAAGACGAGAAACGGAAAAUCGCACGUGUUGUAGUUAAACCACAGUCGGCCCAUUCCAGAUUAGGCCCAUCUGUUUCAUACCAAAGAAAUUUUAGCGAUAUUAACUCUCGUCAAAGCUAUGGCCAAAGCUAUGGUCAAAGUGUGAAACGGCAAGCGGGCCCUUCUUCUAGUUUGGAUACCACGUGUUUUCGUUGCGGUAGACGAGGACAUAUCGCCCGCGUUUGCAGAUCUGCCGUCGCCAACAACGAGCCCAGUCGUUCGAGUAUCACUCAAUGAGGAGAAUUGUUCGAACGCCGACUCUUAUAAUGUAUAUAAUGUUGAAUUUUUGACAAAUCACUCGUUACAGUUAAAUAAUUGUGUUUUUGUUGCACCAAAACAACCCAGUUCAGGUGUGAAGGGUCGCCUUAAAGAAAACAUUGCUUUUUGGGAACAGAUAAAAGCAUCAAAUUGGGUUUUGAGAGUUAUCCGUGAGGGAUACGCGUUGCCUUUGAUUGAUAUUCCUGAGAAACGUAUGUUAGAUAAUCAUAGAUCUGCGAUUAAAUGCGCAGAGUUUGUUAAUUCUGAAAUAAAUAAAUUAUUACAUUGUGGUUGCAUUAAAGAAGUGUCAAGUGACAGUGUUUACAUUGUGUCUCCUUUGAGUGUAGCAUCCCAUAAUGGCAAAGAUAGACUAAUUUUGGACCUGCGUUAUCUCAAUAGUUUCCUUAGAGUACUGCGUUUUCAGUAUGAAGACCUAAGAACAUUUAGGGAUAUUUUCAGUCCCGGCGAUUGGUUUUUCAAAUUUGAUUAUAAAUCAGGCUAUCAUCAUGUCGAUAUAUACCCAGAACAUUGCCGAUAUUUGGCUUUUUCUUGGGGGAAAGGAGUCAACCAACGAUAUUUUGUAUUUACUGUCCUUCCGUUUGGGUUGGCUACGGCCCCACUUGUGUUUACGAAGAUUCAGAGAGCCCUAUUGAAACAUUGGCGUUCCCAGGGUAUUCGGAUAUUCACUUACUUGGAUGACGGGAUUGGGGGGCAUUCCUCAAUACAACAAGCUCGCCUAGUUUCCAAUAGAGUAAGAAGCGAUGUAGAUCAGAGUGGUUUCAUUUGGCAUCCCGACAAAAGCUGCUGGGAACCUACCCAAUGUGAUGAAGUGCUGGGGUUUAUUGUCAACCUAGCUGAAGGAUACUUCAGGGUUCCCGAGAGAAGGAUAACUAAGCUAAACAAAUUACUAGAUAAUAUCAAGUCCAGGAAUUUUAACACAACAGCUUUUGAGAUAGCAAAAUUGACAGGCACUAUUAUAUCUAUGGGUCUGGCAUUAGGGCCGAUAGCUAGAUUGUGGACCAGGGGGCUCUACCGUAACCUGAUGUCUACUGCUUCAUGGAGUGAAUCAGUCCAGCUGGAUAAUGAAGCUAUUAAAGAAGUUGCAUUUUGGUCCGAUAGUUUUGAAGAAUGCCAUGGACAGAAAAUAUGGUUGUCUGACCCCCAGCCUGAGAUCCUUACAUACUCAGAUGCUAGUGAUAUUGGUUGGGGCGGUUAUUGUGUUCAAGUUAAAGGACAGAUAGCCAAAGGUGCCUGGACUCUGGAAGAAUCUAUGCAGAGCUCUACAUGGAGAGAACUUAGGGGUACCUAUCUGGUGCUGUUGUCUUACGCAGAACAGCUCCAAGGAAGAGAAAUUAGACACCGUACUGACAACAGGAAUGUGGAGACAGUCCUGCAGAUUGGUAGUUCAUCAAAGCUGAUACAUGAUAUAGUCAUUGCUAUCUACAAGCUGUGUAGACAGUGGGCUAUCCGUCUAUAUCCUGAGUGGGUUCCCCGGGAAUUAAACAAAGAAGCCGAUUAUCUCUCACGCCAGAUGGACCAAGAUGACUACAUGUUAAAUCCAACCUAUUUUGCUGCCUUAGACAUCCUAUGGGGCCCUCACACAGUAGAUAGAUUCUCCUCCUUCAAGACACGCCAGAUACCUCGGUUCUGUAGCAGAUGGUUAAAUCCUUGCACAGAAGGAGUGGAUGCAUUUACGACUAGCUGGAAAGGGGAGAACAACUGGAUCUUCCCUCCUCCAUUCUUAAUACCUAAAGUUAUAUCCCACAUGCACAACAACUGUGAAGAUGGUACAUUGAUUGUGCCAUUGUGGACAUCGGCACCAUGAUGGCCUCUCCUCACAGUGGAUGGGCAACACCCUGUGCCUUGGGUAGUAGAUUGGUUAGACAUCCCAUUGGUCGAAGAUACAUUUGUUCCAGCCGUUGAACAUGCAUGUCUGUUUGGAUCAGGUGUACCAGUCCUACAUACAGAGUCCUUGCACUAAAAGUUAGGUUCGGGCAUUCACAAGGAGACUGUACAACCAAUGUGAGACCAUUUAUAUAAAAGGGAAAUUGAUAGCAUUGCCUGUGAGAGGCAUGUUAUGCCAGUGAGAGGCUUUUUUACUGCAUAUGAGCCUGUGAGAGGUAUACUAUACAAGCCUGGGAGAGGUGUACUAUACAAGCCUGUGAGAGGCAUAUUAUCAAGCCUGUGAGGCAUAUUAUCAAGCCUGUGAGAGGCAUACUAUAUAAGCCUGUGAGAGGCAUUAUACCUGUGAGAGGUAUGAUAUGUGUAAAACAUACUGGGAUGAACUGAAGACAUGCUGGGGUACAAUUGCGAGAGGCAUCACUCAGGAUGCCUACACAUUACAUAGAUACAUCACAAUACAUUGUAAACUUGCUUGUGAGAAGUGCUAUAAUCCAUUGGUAGUGUGUGAUAUGUGUAACAUCCUAGCUAACCAUUGCCAUAUCUUGUUCUAGGCAGUUCACGAAAAGUGCCGAUCACUAGAACACUGCAUGACCCCGAAUUAAAUGCUCUGGCCAGUGACAUACCUAAGAUCAUCUUACGAGACAGAGCUCCGCAGACGGUAAAGAAAUAUGCAAAUGCUUUCCAUAAAUGGAAAUCUUGGGCAAAAAGUAAAGGACUUCAGGUGCUACCAGCUACUGGAUAUGAAUUUGCAUUAUAUUUAGCAUCUCUGAUAAAGAAUGCAAAAUCCAUGGCUACAAUAUAUGCUGCUGUGUAUGGUAUAUCGUGGGCUCAUCAGAAAAUGGCAAUGGUUUCUCCAACUGAGCAUCCAUUAAUCAAACAGAUGAUUGAAGGUUCCAAGCGAAUUAUUGGGACUGCACCGAUAAACAGAAAGCAGCCACUGGGAGUGGAACAUGUCAAGAAACUGGUUAAUAAGUUUGGUGUGGGCGACCUUAGCAACUUACAGAUCACAUGUCUUGUAGCAUUGGGAUUCAGUGGCUUUUUACGGUGGGAUGACUUGUCACGACUUAGAAAAGAGGAUUUUUCAUUCCAGGAAGACUGCAUGAGAGUUUUCCUGCAUAAGAGAAAGAAUGACCAAUACCGUGAAGGUUCGUGGAUUCUGAUUGCUAGAACAUCUAAUCUUACGUGUCCAGUGCAAUUAAUGGAGAAGUUCUUUCGUAGAGGUGGACACAGACCCAGUGAUUUUGUGUUCCGCAAGAUUUCACACACAACGACAGGAAUGAAGUUAAGGAAGGAGCAGAUGACCUAUUCUCGAGCUAGAGAAUUAUUUUCCAAACAACUGAAAGGCAUUGGGUUGGACCCCUCACUGUAUGGUCUACAUAGUCUCCGCUCAGGGGGUACCACAGAAGCAGCUGCUUGGGGCAUAUCAGACCGCCUCAUCCAAAGACAUGGAGGCUGGCGAUCAGAGGUUUCCAUGAACAUGUAUAUCAAAGAAACCAAAAAUGCUCUUUUACGAGUAUCUAAAAGUCUAGGACUUUGA